UUCUGCUUGCAGGUUGCUGAUUUUCUAGACCACAUUGUUCUCCAGGCCGUUCGGGAGGUGUCCAUAAUGGAUUCUAAAAUGUUGCCAUCGCGCACGUUUUAUUUCCUUUUUCUUAUGCUGCAUUCCGCACUCGGAGACGUGAGCUUUUCUUUUCCCGAGGAGAUGAAACGAGGAUCGGUCAUUGGGAAUUUAGCCAAGGAUCUCGGAUUGGAGGCGGGCGCGCUGUCCAGCAGAAAAGCGCGCUUCGACGCAGACGGGAGCGGAAAGCUUUAUUGUGAUCUAAACGCGCAAAACGGAGACCUGAUUGUGGCCGACAGGAUUGACAGAGAGGAGCUUUGUGACGACAAGGCUUCAUGUGUCCUAAAAUAUGAGGUUGUCCUGGAGAAUCCCCUGGAGCUCCAUCGAAUUAAUAUGCUCAUUCAAGAUAUUAAUGAUAACGCGCCCUUGUUUAAUGAUGACUUAAUUGAGUUGGAGAUUCGGGAGUCAGCUGACAGGGGAGCUCGUUUUGUGAUUGAAGGAGCGCACGAUGCGGACAUAGGACAAAAUUCAGUCCAACAAUACAUCCUAAAGAAGAAUGAUAAUUUUGUUUUGUCUGUCAGCGGUAACACAAUAGAGCUCGUACUUGACAAAGAACUUGACCGUGAAAAGCAAAGUGAGAUGAAUUUGCUUCUCACUGCUUUAGAUGGCGGAUCUCCUCAGAGAUCAGGCACAGUAGCCAUACACGUCACUGUGCUGGAUGCCAAUGAUAACGCCCCAGUGUUCAGCCAGGCUGUUUAUAAAGCCAGUCUGCCUGAAAAUUCUGCCCCGGGUGCAAUCGUAAUUAAUGUUAGUGCAACAGAUGCAGAUGAAGGGGUGAAUGGCAAUGUGAGUUAUGAUUUUGGACAUGUUACAGAUCAUGUAAAGAAGUUAUUCAGCAUUGAUCGUAAAAUUGGUGCAAUAACUGUAACUGGCACUGUUGACUAUGAAUCAAGCACAUCAUAUGAAUUACGCGUGAAAGCCAAAGAUGGGCUUGGGCUGUCUUCUUAUGCAAAAGUGAUCAUUUCCAUCACUGAUCUGAAUGACAAUGCCCCUGUGAUCAAUUUAAAGUCACUAUCUAAUCCGGUAACGGAGAAUGUGUCACCUGGCACUGAGGUGGGCAUCAUUAAUGUGCAGGACAGAGACUCUGACAAAAAUGGACAGGUGCUCUGUUCCAUUCAACAAAACGUCCCCUUCAAGUUAGUUCCUUCAAUCAAAAACUAUUAUUCUCUGGUCACCACUGGACUUCUUGACCGUGAACUAAUGUCAGACUACAACAUUACAAUCAGCGCCACUGACGAGGGCUCCCCUCCUCUGUCCUCCUCAAAAAGCGUCCACUUGUCUGUGGGAGACAUCAACGACAACCCGCCCGUGUUUGAGGAACAGUCCUACAGUGCAUAUGUGAGUGAAAAUAACAAAGCUGGUUCCACUUUAUGCUCUGUCAGUGCUCAAGACCCUGACUGGAGACAGAAUGGCACCGUCAUUUAUUCCCUCUUACCUGCUGAGGUGAAUGGUGCCUCGGUGUCCUCCUAUGUGUCUGUCAAUGGAGACACGGGGGUGAUCCACGCCGUCAGGUCCUUUGACUACGAACACCUGAGGAGUUUCCAAGUCCUCGUGAUGGCCAGGGAUAAUGGCUCUCCUCCACUGAGCAGCAACGUGAGCGUCAGCGUGUUCAUCUCGGACAUGAAUGACAACUCUCCCCAGAUCCUGUACCCCGCCCCGGAGGGCAACUCCUUCAUGACCGAGCUGGUCCCCAAAGCUGCGCACGGAGGCUCUGUUGUGUCCAAAGUGAUCGCGGUGGAUGCCGACUCGGGACAGAACGCCUGGCUGUCCUAUCACAUCCUCAAGUCCACAGAUGCAGGACUUUUUACCAUCGGCCUCCACAGCGGAGAGAUCAGGACCCAGCGAGACAUUUCAGAGUCUGACAGCAUGAAGCAGAACCUGAUUGUGGCCGUCAGAGAUAACGGACAGCCCCCUUUCUCGGCCACCUGCUCCAUGUAUUUGCUUAUUUCGGAUAACUUAGCCGAGGUGCCGGAGCUGAAGGACAUAUCCUACGACGAUAAGAACUCCAAGCUGACCUCUUAUUUGAUCAUUGCGCUGGUGUCUGUGUCCACCUUCUUCCUGACAUUCAUCAUGGUGGUCCUGGUUGUGAGGUUUUGUCGCAGGAGAAAGCCCAGACUGUUGUUUGAUGGAGCAGUUGCCAUCCCCAGCGCGUAUCUGCCUCCUAAUUACGCAGAUGUGGACGGCACGGGAACUUUACGCAGCACCUACAACUAUGACGCCUACUUGACCACAGGCUCGAGAACGAGUGACUUUAAGUUUGUGUCUUCUUACAAUGACAACACGUUGCCGGCUGAUCAGACUCUGAAGAAAAGUCCGUCUGACUUUAAUGAGAUGUUUGGAGAUGUUGAAGGUUCUCCUGAGGUAUGA